GUAGGAAAUGUUGGAACAUUUUAAAAGCUAGUAUUCUUAUGAAGUUUUGUAUUCUGAAGGUUGUGUUCAGCAGUUUCAUGAUGCCAACUGGAAACUUAUCAGAAGUGCUUACAGUUUCAGUCAUUCUCGCAAGCAAUUUUGCACAAAUUGAAACACUGACCACUUUGGAAGAUCUGAAAGACUCUGGGUUUGGUCGUCCUUCCCCACGACAUGGCUUGAAACUCCUUUUCUGGUUCAUGAAUAAGUGUGUGAAAUUCAACAAGAAAAAGAAUUUGGUAAUACAGUGCUGUCCCAGCAAGGGCGACUAUGGUUUCCACGUAUUCCAGAACUCUGAAGGCCUUCUGCCGAUGGCUAAUGGUCAGUACUUUGAGGUGGGAAAUUUGAACUCAGCUAGGUACCCAGGAGCCCUGAACCUACCCGAUGACGUACAGGAAUGCUACAGAUACAUAAGAAACUCACUCACAUGCAACAAAGACCGAAUCAUCAUCAGGUUAGUUGGUCAAAAGGUUGUAAGCAUGGUUUACCUCACAGAACACAAGUCAAGAGGCUUUGACCAAGAGCGUACCUACCUUCUGAGCCUAGACCUAAUCAAAUUUAUUCAGGAUUCUGCCAUGGAUCUUGAUAGCUUCUUGGCUCAAACUGGAUUCUAUGUCGAUUCUUUGUCUCUUGCUCGGAUGGAUAAUGGCGGCAUGCAUAGCUUUGAACGGAGUGCCUGGCAUGACUUCACUGGAACGGAUCUCUCGGACAUCAGUUAUUCUCAACCAAAUGACAUGCUGAUGAGUAUCUCCCCACAAACAGGCUACACUGACAUCUACAACUCUGAGUUAACGGACAUGGUGACUCAGUUCUGCACUGAAAUAAACCUCCUGAAUAAUGAUUCCCUGAGGAGCAGGGCCAUGCAGGACCAUGCAGGACCACGCAGGACCAUGCAGGACCGCGCAGGACCACGCAGGACCGCGCAGGGCCAGGGACCACAGGGUACGGGGGCAAAGUCAAGCAGCCGACCUAAAGAUGAGAGCUACGUCUGUGCAGCGAGACACAGAUAG